CCGAACUUGCCGCUUGGAGCACCGAUGGCCGACGAGACGCUCACGUCCGUCUUGAGCAAUGCGCGGUCGGUCAACUCGAAGCUCAUGAAGACGAACCUCGGGCUGCUCAUGGCCAUCAGAGAGACCGACUGCGACAUCGUGCGAGCCAAGAAGCUGCUGCAAAAGCACCACCACGCGAUGCAGCGGCGCGGCCAGAGCAUCCCCGCUGCAUGCCACUACCAGACGAGGCCGCAUGGCAGUGGCGCGCCACCACCACGCCCGCCAGACGAGCGCGCACGAGGUCAAGAGCAGGACGACGACCCAAUGUCGGACUCGAGUAGCGAUACCUCGAGCAACGACUGAUCAAUGAUGACAAUUGUAGUGAUACCUUUGACCUGAC